GCCGCUCAAUCAGAUGCAUUAGUCGCCAAUGUGCAUAAUGGCGAUAGUGCGCUGCUGCUGCUGCUGCUGCGCUCUGCAUAUUAAUAAGUCCCGCCGUCCGCCCUCCCGCCCACAAGCCUCGAAGGGAAACCAAACCGCUCCUCCUGCUCUUUGUCACAAGCAUUCGCAAUUCACAUUAACUAUUUUCGCACACACACAUCAUCUAUGAGCUGAUAAAAAACUGUCUACCAGCUGGUCGUGUGUACUCCCGUAUCAUCUGCCCGUUUUCCAGCCACUUCGCCAAACGGUCGGCCGUGGUCAUCUGCUCUUUUCCCCUUAACUUAAUCACUCACCUCUCUGGAUGGUCACAAGGACAUCCCCAUCCACCACAAAAGUCUUUCCAACAACAAUUGACAGGGCUUCCCUUACCGUUGGUUUGCCUUACACAACGGCUCCACAGGCACAGGAGCUUCUUCAAACUUCACCCGGUUCAUUGGAACCCUGCACAUACACAUACAAACACCCAGCCAGCUCCACGGGAAAACUUCGGUCUUGAAGAGGGCAGCAUGUUCGCUGAGCGUCCUACCACCCUGCCGGUGCCCAUACCAUCGUGCUCUGCCAUGUCUCCCCCUAUACGGUCCAAUUCUCCCACUGCUUCCUCCCGUCCGCGAUCUCGACAUUCCUCCAAGGCCUCCCCUGCUCUGCACCUGGGAAACCUCCCUCGAUUCCAUCCCGCCGUCUACCAGUCCUCGAAUCCAAACAACCAUUUCACGCAGUCUCCAUCUCCGACCCAACAGCGCCCUUCCCUGAGCUCUCGCGAGGCUCUACGUCAGUACCGGGAGCUUAUCGCCAGCAUUGCCCUGACGCCUCGCAAUCCAGCCUCCACCCCUGGUCCCCGACCAGCAAAGCCCCGUCUCGUCCCGAUUGGCAGUCCGGGCCCCGUAACACCGCUCAGCCUGGAAGAGCAGGACGACAGUUACUUCACUGCGACGCCGCAUUCCACCGAAAGCACGUCUAGGGGUGAUCAUCCUCCUCCGCAAGAGGUGCUCGAGAGGCUCCUCGAGCGCGAGAAUGAGCGCAUCGCCUCGACAUCGGGGUCUCGAAAAGAGAAGAAGGCGCGGUGAUGGCUAUGAAGAGCGCGGUCUUUUUAUAGUUCAUCUCACCCCGCUUGUAAUUCUUCUUAACGAUUUUUUUAUUCUCAUGCGACGGCUGCAUUCCUGCUUUGUCUUUUAUACCGUCGUCCCCCUUUUACGACCUUUUUCUGCUACGAUCAUCUUACAUGGCAGCACUCCGACACCGAAAUUUACCUACUACCACCAUGAAUGCCCACUGCCUCAUUGCAUACCGCACUUUUCGCGUCGCUUUCUACCUGGAGAGAAUCAAAGCUGUCACAACUUCGUUGGAAUUUUCGGAGCAACCCACCGCUAAAAAUGAAAACAGAAGGGAAAAAAAAAAAAAAAAAAAAAAAAAAAAAAAAAAGAAAGAAAGAAAGCAACGUAGAAAUGUGCACCAUAGACUGGGACUGAUUAAUACUGGCACCCAUUUGGGUCCAUAAAUAUUCAGGACACGAGGGGGAGUUUGUUAAAGGACUAGACUGUUAGAUUCCGCAUUAAUAGAGAAUCAGUCCUGAUCCCAUUUAUCGAGCUUGGCUUUUUCAUUA